UAUAUAUCCUAGGUUAUGAAGCUUAUAAAUUGGACUAUGAUCAUUAGUUCACAGAAACUUAAACCAGCGGUCCCUAACCAAAGAUCUGUGGUUCCAGCAACAUGGGAUGUUGAUCCGGCCAGAUGUUCUUCUACAGUUACAAGGCUACAUAGCUAUCCAUGUGUUAAACUCGAGAUCCCGUGGCUUUGACUCAACCACCACGUUCUCCGAGAAUGGAUAUGAGUAACCAUGCUGGUGGGAUUGGCAUUCAGUUGUUGGACCACUCAAACUACAAGGUUUGGAGGACCUGUAUGGAGUCAUACCUCGUAGGAGAAGACUUGUGGGAUGUCGUUGACGGAAAUGACACCACAAGUCCAGAACCAGAAGCUACUGCUGAUGAAAUUAUAAGUUCAUCAGAUGCUCUCAAGAAGUGGAAGCGGCUGAAUGCCAAGGCCGAGUUUGCCUUAAAGAGAUCUAUCUCUCAGACCCUGUUCGAUCGUAUCAUCGGAUGCAAGUCUGCUCAUGAGAUAUGGCAGACCCUCAGAUUGCUCAAUGAGGGGGAUAAGGCGGAAGCAGACCCUACUCAGACUCAUCGAGCAGAUGGACCUAACAAUGAUGCAGUAGAUAAAUCGAAAUUGGAAACAGAUGAUGGUGACAACUCAUCUGACACAAGCUCAAGUGGAUCUAAUAAUGAUGCAGCAGGAGGAUCUAAUAGUGAUGCAGCUGGAUCAUCCCCCGACCCGUUUCAAUUUUGCGGAUCAUACAAAGGAGGUGAUCUCCGGCGCUACCAAGACCUGCACAAGGCAGCUCUAUCAGGAGACUGGGAGACUGCUGAGAGGACUUUCGAGAGUGACCCUGAAGCAAAAACGGCCAUAAUUUCUACACGACGAGAGACCGCGUUGCAUGUGGCAACGUCAACCGGACAGACACGAUUCGUAGAGAAGCUAGUACAGCUCCUGUCCCCGAAAGACCUGGAAAUGACAGAUUUCAAAGGCCAGACGGCCCUCCACAUUGCUGCAAUAUGUGGGAGUUUGGAUGCGGUAAAGACUCUGCUCAAGAAAAACCAGAUGUUGACCCAAAUCGUCGACACUGAGGGAUUUACGGCCCUCCACUCCGCAGCCUAUUUCGACAGCAAAGAUGUGAUGUGGCACCUUACCUUGAAUACUACUGAUGAUCCUCCUGGUCGUCCAUUCACGGGCCCUAAGGCUGGUGAGCUCAUUCAGGUGCUGGUGUGGUCAGGUUCCUACGAUAUUUGCCUUCACCUAUUGGAGAGAUAUCCAAACUUAGCAAUCACAACAUCUGAAACACGACAGGGAAUGCUGUCAGCUUUGACAGACAAGCCUUCUGAUUUCGAAAGUGGAUGCAAGCUUCACUUCUGGCAGAGAUGCAUAUACCACCUUCUUCCGGAGGAAGUGGUACUCUACGGCCAUAUGCCACCUCGACUAUUCAAAAAUGAUGUGGAAGACCCUGAUCCGGCAGUGAACACCCAAAUAUCACCGGCUUCAGCUGCGACAUAUUGGACUCCAGUUCGACAGUGGAGCAUCAAAAUUGCUUGGAAAGCUCUGGAAUAUUUUGCAUUUGGAGCGAUCAAGUGCAUCAAAGAUGAAAAGUACAAACACAAAUGCACCCGCAGGCUUGUGGAAAUCGCAUGCCAAGAGAUUUCACGCAGUAUGACUCCGCCUGAGAUACUUCAGUGCCUUGCAAGUGGUGCAGUUCCACUUCAAGCAGUGGAGACCGGCACAGUUGAAAUAGUAACCAUUUGCCUUCAGUAUUUUCCCUAUAUGAUUUGGAUCGACUCAUCAUUGGGGACCAUGCAUCAGGAGGCAAUAAUCCUACGACAAGAGAAGGUGCUUAAUCUUUUGCUUGACCAGAACGUGACAAGCAAAUUAAUGGCCAUAAUUGAGAACGAAGCUGAUCAGAAUCUUUUGCAUCUUGCUGCAAAACUAUCACCUUACCCUGAACUUUCAUCUAUAUCUUGUCCUGCUCUACAAAUGCAAAGAGAGUUGCAGUGGUUUCAGGUGCGAUGCAUGCUUCUUAACAGUUUUGCCACCCUCAAUUUGCAUUUUAUAUCCUGCUCCAACCAUAGGCUUUUACAGACUUGCAUGCCUCUCCAGGCUGUGGAAGAGUUUGCUCCUCACUCAGUUAGACUACGUAAGGAUAAAAAAGGCCUAACAGCUCAAGAACUGUUUACGAGGGAACACACGAAGUUACUCCAAGAUGCGGAGAGAUGGAUGAAGGACACCGCAAAUUCCUGCAUGGUAGUAUCCACCCUCAUAGCUACCGUCGUUUUUGCAGCAACUUUCACAGUUCCUGGAGGAAAUGUCGAAGGCAAAGGCAUCCCGCUGUUUCUAAGCGAGCAAGUCUUCAUGUUGUUUGCUGUGUCCGAUGCGCUAGCUCUCUUUUCCUCUACAACUGCCAUCUUAAUGUUCUUGUCUAUCCUUACGGCACGGUAUGCGGAAGAAGAUUUCCUCCGAGCGCUCCCGAAGAGGUUGAUAUUAGGAUUUGCGUCCUUGUUCCUUGCCAUAGCGACCAUGAUGGUGGCAUUCGGAGCAGCACUGCAUAUAGUCCUAAGUGACAGGUUCAAGUGGAUUUUCUUACCGAUCAUAGCACUCACUUCCGUCCCCGUUGCUCUCUUUGUAAUGUUGCAGCUUCCACUGUUCAUCUUCAUGGUGAAGUCAACAUAUGGUUCCGGCAUUUUUCACCCAAAGAAAAUUUGGUAAUCAAUUGAACGAUACAUGGGGGUGUUUUGCACUAUGUAAGCAAUGUGUGUGUGUGUCUUUAUUUCAUUGAUUGGUUUGGAGAAUUGUCAUUAUAUUACUCUAAUAAGUUGAUUGUAUGAAUUGGAUUUGUUGAGUGAA